AUGACAGGAAGGAACCAAUCUAUCAUCUCAGAGUUCCUCCUCUUGGGCCUGCCCAUCCAGCCAGAGCACCAGAACCUCUUCUAUGCCCUGUUCCUUUUCAUGUAUCUUACCACCGUCCUGGGGAACCUCCUCAUCAUCAUCCUCAUUCGCCUGGACUCCCAUCUGCACACACCCAUGUAUUUGUUUCUCAGUAACUUGUCCUUCUCUGAUCUCUGCUUUUCCUCUGUCACUAUUCCCAAACUGUUACAGAACAUGCAGAGUCAAGUUCCCUCCAUCCCCUAUGCAGGCUGCCUGACUCAAAUGUACUUCUUCCUGUUUUUUGGAGACCUGGAGAGCUUCCUUCUAGUGGCCAUGGCCUAUGACCGCUAUGUAGCCAUCUGCUUCCCCCUGCACUACACCACCAUCAUGAGYCYCAAGCUCUGUCUCUCCCUGGUGGUGCUGUCCUGGGUGCUGACCAUGCUCCAUGCCCUGUUGCACACCCUGCUCAUGGCAAGAGUGUCUUUUUGUGUGGACAACGUGAUCCCCCACUUUUUCUGUGACUUGUCUGCUGUGCUGAAGCUGGCCUGCUCUGACACCCAUGUCAAUGAGUUGGUGAUAUUUAUCAUWGGAGGACCCRUURUUGUCUUCCCAUUCCUACUCAUUAUUGKGUCCUAUGCAYGAAUUUUCUCCUCCAUCCUCAAGGUCCCUUCUUCCYGUGGUAUUCACAAGGCCUUCUCCACGUGUGGCUCCCACAUUUCYGUGGUKUYRCUGUUCUUUGGGACAAUUAUUGGCCUCUAUUUAUGUCCAUCARCUAAUAAUUCUACUGUGAAAGAGACCAUCAUGGCUCUGAUGUACACGGUGGUGACUCCCAUGCUGAACCCCUUCAUCUACAGCCUGAGGAACAGAGACAUGAAGGGAGCUCUAAGAAGAGUCCUUUGUAAGAAGAAAAAGUCCUUCUGUGUUUGA